AUGGUACAGCAAGCGGAGAACCUAGCCGUUCAAGAAGUCCCCGAGGUUGUUGUGGUCUGCCAGCACCACUGGCUGAUCAAAGCUGCGGACGGUCCCACCAGCCCGGGAGUGUGCCAAGUGUGCGGUGAGACGAAGGAUUUCAAGAACUACGUGGAAACGGCAACCUGGGGCGACACCCGGCUGAUCAACCGGCAAGACCCGGUGCCCACCAGCGCGAUCAUGUCGACAAAGAUGGAUUCCUGGGAGGACGAGUAG